GAAGAGAGUUCUCCCAAGCCGGCCUCAGCCGCUUGAAAACCUGGCUUGUUCAUUUAGACCCCUUUGCCUGCCAAGAGGGUUUUAUAUUUUUUUCGUGGUAUAUUUUGUCAUUAUGAGAUGUUGUCUCUCGGUGCUUCAUUUGUGCAAAUUAAAUUUGAUGACUUGCAGUUCUUUGAAAACUGCGGCGGAGGGAGUUUUGGGAGUGUAUACCGAGCCCGAUGGAUAUCUCAGGACAAGGAGGUGGCCGUGAAGAAGCUGCUUAAAAUAGAGAAAGAGGCAGAAAUACUCAGUGUGCUCAGCCACAGAAACAUCAUUCAGUUUUAUGGAGCUGUUAUUGAACCUCCCAACUAUGGCAUAGUUACAGAAUAUGCUUCUGCUGGAUCACUGUAUGACUACAUUAAUAGCAACAGAAGUGAAGAGAUGGAUAUGGAUCAUGUAAUGACCUGGGCAACUGAUAUAGCUAAAGGAAUGCACUAUUUGCAUAUGGAGGCUCCAGUCAAAGUAAUCCACAGAGAUCUGAAGUCCCGAAAUGUGGUUAUAGCUGGUGAUGGAGUAUUAAAGAUCUGUGACUUCGGCGCUUCAAGAUUCCACUCCCAUACAACACAUAUGUCUCUAGUUGGUACCUUUCCUUGGAUGGCUCCAGAAGUUAUUCAGAGUCUCCCAGUGUCAGAAACAUGUGACACAUAUUCAUAUGGUGUGGUUCUCUGGGAGAUGCUAACAAGGGAGGUCCCCUUUAAAGGCUUGGAAGGAUUACAAGUAGCUUGGCUUGUAGUAGAAAAAAACGAGAGACUGACCAUUCCAAGCAGCUGCCCUGGAAGCUUUGCAGAAUUGAUGCUCCAGUGUUGGGAAGCAGACCCAAAGAAAAGACCCUCUUUCAAGCAGAUCAUUUCAAUCUUGGACUCCAUGUCAAAUGAUAGCAACCUUCCAGACCAAUGCAACUCAUUCCUGCAUAACAAGGCAGAGUGGCGAUGUGAAAUAGAGGCAACCUUAGAGAGGCUAAAGAAACUGGAACGUGAUCUGAGCUUUAAGGAGCAGGAGUUAAAGGAACGGGAGAGACGCUUGAGGAUGUGGGAGCAGAAGCUAACUGAACAAUCCAAUACACCUUUGCUGCCUUCCUUUGAUAUCUGUGCAUGGACUGAAGAAGAUGUGUACUUUUGGAUGCAACAGCUUGUUAGAAAAGAUGACACGUCUGGAGAGAUGAGCAUAUAUUCCAGCUUGUUUAAAGAACAUCACAUCACAGGGAAACGACUACUUCUUCUGGAAGAAGAGGACUUGAAGGACAUGGGAAUUGUUUCCAAAGGACACAUCAUUCAUUUGAAGACUGCCAUUGAAAAACUAACUCAAGACUACCUCAAUAUGUUUCAUUUUCCGCCUCUGAUGAAGGAUUCUGCCAGUGAAAACGAGGCGAGUGAGGAGAAAGUAGUGAACCUUGAGCUUGUUUUUGGCUAUCAUUUCAAGCCUGGAAAUGGCCCUCAGGACUGUAAAUGGAAAAUGUAUAUGGAGAUGGAUGGGGAUGAGAUUGCAAUAACCUACAUAAAAGAUGUGACAUUUAACACUAACCUACCUGAUGCAGAGAUUUUAAAGAUGACAAAGCCACCAUUUGUGAUGGAGAAAUGGAUUGUGGGAAUAGAAAAUGAUCAAACCGUGGAAUGUAUAGUGACUUAUGAGAGUGAUGUCAGAACCCCCAAAUCCACCAAACAUAUCCAGCCAGUACAGUGGAGUCAAGUGAAACUUCAGGAUGAGGUGAAGUCAAUACAACUUAAAAUACAGACGUCACUCCCAAACUCAGAAGGAAACCCUCGGAGUAGAUCCAAUUCUAGUGUCGACUGUCAGUGGAUGAAUGCACUGAAAAUGCGUCAUGUGUCAAGCAGCCCUUCGCUCCAACAUUCCCGCUCCCACAGUCCCACCAUCUUGACGAAUUUUUUACCGUACCUUCAGAACACUUACGCUGCCGCCGUGAGACGGACCCAGGUCCCCGUCAGCUAUCAGAUCACCCCUCUAAAUCCGUCGAGGAGCUCCUCUCCAACGAUGUACUUAUCAUCUUUGCAUCUGAAUUCUAUGGGAAGCAGCACUUCCAGUGCAGCUUCUGACAGUCCUUCAGAAAGAGACCGGUCCAAACCGAAAAGCAGGAGCAGCUACCACAGCAACGGCUCUCGCAGCGUGUCCCUGACUGGGAGGCGUUUUCCGAGAAAUCCAGCAGGUGCUCCGGGGACAGCUAGGAACACGGAGAGAUUUCACAGGACUUCCCAGUCAACAUUCAGUCAAAAUCAACACCUGCCAAGGUCACAUGACAGAAAGCAUGCCCAUUACGUGCAGCAGCCAAAGUCGAUACCGGGGCUGCCCUUGAAUGAAAGUAAACCCAAAACGGAGGAAGAAGAAAGCAAAGUUAGCGAAGGCGGAUGGGUAAAAGUCAGUCAUUCAAAGAAAUCUCACCGGCAUUGUGUUGACAAACGAAGUAAAGAGAAGUCAACGAGAACUGGAACUCCCCAGAAAUUAUCCCACUGAUGCUUUUUGAGAAAUUGGUUUUACUUUUUUUUUUUUAAUCGAACAUUUUGUUUCCACAAAAAUUAAGACUUUUUUUGUUCUUAAGGUAUUUGACAUUGAAUGUGAGAAUGAAUGACUUGUGACAGUAAUCUUCUUGAAGGAGCUGCUUAAUAUAAAUACACUACCUCUCAUGGAGACCAUACUAUAAGUCCACAACCAGUGGAGUGUGCGGGCUUCCGGCAUUGCAGUCUCAGUUUCUAUUGAAUAAGAUGCCCUUGUUUUCAUCAUGAAUUUCAACAUGCCACAGGUUUUCUUUACUUUCUUUGUCUGGUUCUAGGCAGUUCUGUAGUUCAGUGGGAUGGGAGUAGUCAUAGCUCAGUGGUAGAGCACCUGGUUUACAUGCAGAAGGCCCCAGGUUUAAUUCCCAGCACUUCCAACCCUGGAGAGCAGCUGCCAGUCAGUGUCGACAAAACUGGCUAGAUGGACCAAUGGUCUGACUCAGUAUAAGGCAACUUCCUAUGUUCCUAGUUCCGUGAGCAUUAAAGAAGAAAUCACUAUGCAUCAUAGUUUCAGAUAGUCUGAUCCAGUACUGACUUGUCCAUAAAAAUCAGCUGCCUUCCACCUUAAACCUGCACGUGAUGUCUGAAAAAUGUCACUGGAAAGGUUAUCCUUUCUUACCAUGUAGCUGUUGUAUCCUGUCCUCCUGAGUUCUCUUCUUUCGGACCUCCCACCACCACCACCUCCAUGCUGAUGCUGUGUAAUAUUAACCUUCCAUUUAAAGAUACAGCUGCAGAUAUUUCCAUUAGAAUUAUUCUUAUGAUCAGUAUCAUAAUUUUACAGAGAACAAAGAAAAUAAUAGUGAGAAAAACAGCCUUGAUAGCUUCUAAUGUUUUUGUAAGAAUAUUUAUUAACAUAUAACACACAUUCCAUUCAUUGUAUUU